GGGUAGAAUGUAAAUCAUUUAACACCGACUGGGAUAUCUUAUUUAUCGUGUUCAAGGAUAAUUAUUGAACGGUCAGAUCUGUCGUUGUUUAUGUCUGGUCUUCAUUGUUUCGUUUGGAUAUUUCUCUGACUUGAGAUCACAAUCCGCCAUGUUUUAAUGUCAUCUACAUUGAGUGAGUAUGUGACAAUUUCAACACUAUUUGAGUCAACUGAAGGUUUUUUUUUUUUUUUUUUUUUUUUAAUUUUAAAUUUUUUAAAAUUUAAUAUUUUUUUUUUGGGUGUGUGUGUGNUUUUUUUUUUUUUUUUUUUUUUUUAAAUUGACAAUUUCUAAAAUCUAAUAAUUGUUUUUAGGUGAUUGCAAGCAAUUUAUGCUUUAUGAUAUUUUAUCAUUAGUCGACUGCGUCAGAUUAAUAGAAUAGAUAACAUAUAUAUUUAAAUAAAUUUGUUCAUUUCAUAUUAUUGUUAUUAUCAUUAUUUUUUUUUCUUUUGGUGGGUAGUGGAGCCAGAUGACGUAUCCCUUCCUCCCUGAUCCUCGCUAAACAUCUCUGACCCUCCUUGGCCCUCCCUGACCCUCCUUGGCCCUCCCUGACCCUCCUUGGCCCUGCCAGACCCUCCCUGGCCCUCCUUGGCACUCCUUGGCCCUCCCUGACCCUCCUUGGCCCUGCCAGACCCUCCCUGGCCCUCCUUGGCACUCCUUGACCCUCCCUGACCCUCCUUGGCCCUCCCUGACCUGCCAGACCCUCCCUGGCCCUCCUUGGCACUCCUUGACCCUCCCUGACCAUCCUUGGCCCUCCCUGACCUUCCUUGGCCCUCCCUGACCUUCCUUGGCCCUGCCUGACCCUCCCUGGCCCACCCUGACAGUGGAUAUGUAAAAAAAAAAACGUGUAUGACAAUGAUCAAUGAAUCUUAAAUGUUCAUAUUUCUCAUAGAUCUCAAACUGUCAUCUAAGUAAACAAUUUUAGUUGAUUUUGUUUUAGUUUUUUUUAAACCCAUUCCAAUGGUUCAAAGUUAGAUGGCAAAGACUUGAACCACGAAAACAAAAUGAAAAGUGGGGGACUGACUGUUAAAACAUGUGAGAAUCACACCAUGAUAUUAAGCGAUGAUAUUGAUGGGAGUGUUCAAAACAUGAUAAAGUGGCUUGUAACGACGUAAGAAGAGCCCAUUGGUUGCAAGCAGCUCCUUGUGGAUUUUACGAAAAGUCGAAGAAAAUGCUCAUUGAAAACAGGAAUUAACAUGCACCAGAGGCUCAAAAAAAAAUGUGGGGUCCUCCUACUUCCAGCACGUGUUACACAAGCCCCCGCCGAAAGUAUACCCCCCUGGGAUGAAUGAGAAAUUUUAAUUUAAAAUAAUUUUAACCAACAAUUAAUUAUUAUUUUUUUUUACAGUUUGUUGUAGCUUUUCUUCAUAAUUGUAAAAUUGUUGGCGAUAUGAAAGGGAGAUGACGCUAUGAUAUCAAGGGGAAACAACAAAAUUCCGGACAGACGAACGCUGUUGACCAGGUCACGUGUCUCAGGUCGUAAGACGGGACCAAGUCAUCUCGCCUCACACCGAGGACGUGAUCCUGUUACAGACCUGAAUGAGAAUGAGGUGAUGGCCCUAAUGGGAUAUUAUUAAAGAUGUUAGAUCUACUCUCACCAGCAAACUCGGCAUCUUCAUCAUAAUGUUUUAUAACAUCCUAUAGGCAAACACACUUAAAUCGCUUAGAUUUUGUGUAAUGAUUUUAAAACUAACGCAAUUUUAGAAUACCUUCGCGUGUUCAAUUCAAGGCCGUCGCGUGGGUCUUCAGGCGUGGGCUUUGUCGGAAGGGGGGGGGGGCGGGGGCGCGUCGGAUAUUUAAGGGGCGCCAAGUUAUAAAGUGAGAACAUUUGAAACUAUCAACUUUGAAUACAAAACCCAAAUUGGCAGGGGGCUUUCAAAAGUCACUCAUCACGCGACGAUUCUUGUUGUAGUCUCCAGAAGUUAUUGUCUUCACAAAAAUUUGGGUCGCUAGAAUACUGUCCUCUUUUGGCAUAUUGUAUUAAAGACAUCAUAUUAAAAUUGCGAAAACGUGAUAAGUAGGCGAGUUUUUGUUUGUUUGUUGUUGUUUUUUUAUUUCUGUAUGACUUCUAUGACUAUCACUGUUGCCCUUGCUGCUUGGCAGGUGAGUGUCUUUAAUAGGAAGAAAUUUGUUUUUUUAACCUUUGGCAUUUAGAAAAGGGGAGAACACGUAGAGUUAUUGGAGUUUGAGUGGCCGGAUUUACCUCCCCUGAACUCCAUGGAGAACGCCGUCUGCAGAAGCGCGGUCAGCAGAGGCAUAAACUACAGUCCUGCUGUAGCCAAGGGCCGAAACGUGAUCAACUCCAGAUACCGCACUGACCUACGUGCCAGGCUCCAGGUACUGUAAAUGGCAAUACGUGCGGUCGUGUGGGAGAGCGGGAGAGAGAGAGAGGGGGAGGAGGAAGUGAAAAGAAAUGUGUUGUGUUGCUGUUAACAAGGCCAUUUCUAUGACAUGAAUGUUCCUAAGCAGUAACCAGUAAAAGUUUAGCGCUCUCGUUUCACUUGUUUCACGAUAUUGUAAACAUUUGGUGCAGAAUAUGUGAGGAUCGUAUGCAUUAGGGUAUCAGAAUAAUUUUCAAUAUUUAUAUUUAAUUUUUUUUUUUAAAUAACAUUAAAAUCCUUCAAUACGAUUGCCCCCCCCCACCCUGCCUUUCUCAAGCAUAUGAUGUUCUGGACCUCUAGGGUCAUCCGGGCAUUCUCAAGCUUUGAUGUUCUGGGCCUCUAGGGUCAUCCGGGCAAUCUCAAGCUUUGAUGUUCUGGGCCUCUCGGGUAUUCUGGGCAUUCUCAAGCUUUGAUGUUCUGGGUCUCUAGGGUCAUCCGGGCAUUCUCAAGCUUUGAUGUUCUGGGUCUCUAGGGUCAUCCGGGCAAUCUCAAGCUUUGAUGUUCUGGGCCUCUAGGGUAUUCUGGGCAUUCUCAAGCUUUGAUGUUCUGGGCCUCUAGGGUCAUCCGGGCAUUCUCAAGCUUUGAUGUUCUGGGCCUCUAGGGUCAUCCGGGCAUUCACAAGCUUUGAUGUUCUGGGCCUCUAGAGUCAUCCUGCUAUUCUCAAGCUGCUAUGUUGCGGGCCCCUACUAGCUUCUGGUUAAGUUUCGGAAUUUUUAAAAAAAAUUUUUUUUUUUAAAAUAAAUAACCGUUGACGUAAGCCUUAAGGCUAACAUUGUGGUUGAAAAAAAUAAACGGGCUUUUGAUUCGAGCCUCCAUGUUCCCAGUGUCACAGAUCGGAUGUUACUGAGGAGGGCUCCGGUCCUGACUUAUCACGACCUGUGUUGACUAAGUAGUGGUCAGUACAGGACCGCUCCUCUCUGUGAUUUAUAUUGUGGGUGUCUAGGCAUUGAGACAGACAAGAGCACAACUCAAACUCCAGGUGCUCAAUGAUAAAAUAGACUAUAUUUAUUACUCAAAUAAAAAGUUCUUCAAUAGUCUUUACUAACACUAACUGUCAGCUAUCUACGACUGUUUCUAAACUGUUAAACAAUAUCGUCUCCUGCGUUCCAUCGGUGAACUCGUCUCCUGAUCUCUUGCGACUAUUACCUAACAACUGCUCAGUUCUAUCGUAGCUCUUCCUCAACUAACGUAACUCUGUUCCCUCUUCCUCAACUAACGAUAACCGUAACUCUGUUCCCUCUUCCUCAACUAACGAUAACCGUAACUCUGUUCCCUCUUCCUCAACUAACGUCGUAGCUCUUCUCUAUCUUCCUCAGCUAACUCUUAUCACGAAACGUUCUGCCUAAUAUGCGAUUCUCUAACUCCAUAGGUGGCCAAGGAAUGCUCUCCAUUACCACAUCCCUGCCCCUAAUUUCCGGUCAAUUAGAAUUCCCAUCAUUAACCCCAAAAUGACCGUGUGUAGUCUGGGAAGCCCGAAACAUAAUAUUAUCUAAAGCAACAAUCCCCUCCAUCUCAAGAAUGCGACAAUCUAUUAACCUUAACUUCACCCCCUACUCUAACAAUGCCUUCCAUAAAAUAACAGCAGUUUCCGUCCAUCCAAUAAGUUAUCUUAACUACAAUGGAGCUCUGUCCUGUACCACCGCCCCAGUCAUUUGUGACAGCGAGUUUAACAUCAAAAUAUUACGGGAUAAGUCAAGAGGGAUUAAGCAUGAGUCACGAGGGAUUAAGCAUGAGACACGAGGGAUUAAGCACGAGUCAAGAGGGAUUAAGCAUGAGUCAAGAGGGAUUAGGUAUGAGUCAAGAGGGAUUAAGCAUGAGUCAAGAGGGAUUAAGUAUGAGUUACGAGGGAUUAAUCAUGAGUCAAGAGGGAUUAAGUAUGAGUCAAGAGGGAUUAAGCAUGAGUCAAGAGGGAUUCAGCAUGAGUGAAGAGGGAUUAAGCAUGAGUCACGAGGAUUAAGCUUGAGUCAAGAGGGAUUAAGCAUGAGUCAAGAGGGAUUAAGCAUGAGUCAAGAGGGAUUAAGCAUGAGUCAAGAGGGAUUAAGCAUGAGUCAAGAGGGAUUAAGCAUGAGUCAAGAUGGAUUAAGCCAUAGAAUUUGAAUUUUGACCUACAGUUGUGGGUCUAACCUCACUAAUUGGUAUAUUAUUAAAAAUAGCUUAUAGGGAUUUCUUAUAUUAAUGAAAUUUCUCUGAACAAACUAAAAAUUAAACAAUAACAUCACUCUACUGGAAACAGGACCAUCACCCGAGAGAUUACCUCCAGGUCAAGGACAGCCCCGUGACCACCUCAAGUACCACACUUCACUUGGCCCCUAACAGGCCAGCCAACGAGUUGACCUCCCGACGGGACAGGCCAGCGCAGGUCCAACUCAACGCCGACUCUGAGAGCAUCAGGAGAGCAUAUGUGAGAUCCGCGCCAUCUGGCGGCAACCGUCAAGGUUUGGGCUACGGCCUCCACCCCCGUAGGCCCACCAAGAGUGUCUCGUUGUUUCUCCCCACCCGCAAUGACCAGGUAAGUGGGCGGAUGACAUCACAAAAGCAAUUCGCUGUGAUGACCACUGACCACUAUGUUGCUUUAAACAACCUCCCCACCCAAAAAAAACAACAACAAAAAAAAAAAAAAACAACAACACAACAACAAACAACCCCAUCACACAACCUGAAAAUCUUAAUAAUAUCACUGGUGUAAUCAAAUAAUAAAGAUGGUGUGAAGACCAGCCAACGUGAAAUGCUAGCUAAUUAGCAAAGUUUUGAACAUAAAGUGCUCACGGUAUACACAUAAUAUAAUAUGAAUGGUUUGUAUGCAAAAUAACCCAGACUUUGACUUCAAAAAAAAAAUAAAUAGUGUACACCUCAACAUAUAAAAGAGUAAUCCAUCUUGACAUCUAGUGGUGACAUCUUCUCCACGAGAACAUGAAUAAAAUUCAACAAACACUAAUAACAACGUUUUUCGUAUAAAUCCCUUGUAUGCAUUUAAAAAAAAAACUCUUAUAAUAUUUUAUAUUAUUAUUCUAAUGUCCCACCCGCUCUUAAGCCGCAGAUUUAGUUCACCAACUAUUUCACCAACUAUUUCACCAACUAGUUCACCAACUAUUUCACCAACUAUUUCACCAACUAUUUCACCAACUAUUUCACCAACUAUUUCACCAACUAUUUCACCAACUACUUCACCAACUAUUUCACCAACUAUUUCACCAACUAUUUCACCAACUAUUUCACCAACUAUUUCACCAACUAUUUCACCAACUAUUUCACCAACUAUUUCACCAACUAUUUCACCAACUAUUUCACCAACUAUUUCACCAACUAUUUCACCAACUAUUUCACCAACUAUUUCACCAACUAUUUCACCAACUAUUUCACCAACUAUUUCACCAACUAUUUCACCAACUAUUUCAGACAAACAAACACAAAUAUCACGCACCAAACGCAGUCGCGGUAUUCUUUUCAAAUAAUCUCAUUCAGCUCAGUUAUCGGGACAUUUAUUUCGUGAAAUUAGUAGAACUAGUCGGCCCGCGGCGUAGCAUACGCCGCAGAAGUGCGCAUAGAUGAGUGAAGACUUCGUGAAAGACACAGUUGUCCAAAUGGGGUGGGUUCAAAGGAUACAACUGUGAUAUGGCCCGCGAAACUUUAAGCGGCAGCAGUGCGUGAACUUCCAAUCAUACACUGAAGUUACUUGAUAAAACUUGAACUCAAGUAACGCACAUUUAAGAAUCCCAAUUAUUUGCUACACCCCCUUCCCCCAUGAUACGUCACUGCACACUUUUUAUUUCACGCCCAUGAACUAUAUUAAUAUUUUCACGCCCCAACCACUUCUAAGCCGAUAAUUUUCUACACAAUACUGAAAUUGAGACGAUUUCAUUUCCUAAAAGAAAAUAUUACGCACCAAACGCAAUUGCAUUAUUAAAUAUAUAUAUGUGUUAUUUAGCGUAGUUAUCGGGAAUUACUGUUUGCGCGCUAUUGAACUCAUUUUUGAACCACGCUCUGGCGUAUCUAUAUAUAGCCUGCUUAGUGUUUGACCCGUCUGUUUGACCUUUCCUGGCGAAUUAUAUAUUGUCACAGAACGGUUGUUACGGAGGAGGGCUCCGAUCCUGACUUACCACGAACUGUGUUGACUAAGUAGUGGUCAGUACAGGACCGCUCCUCUCUGUGAUUUAUAUGGUGGGUGUCUAGGCGUUGAGACAGACAAAAGCACAACGUAGACUUGGACGAAAUGCAACAACUCAAACUCCUGGUGUCCAACGAUAAUGAAAGUGUUUAUUUGUAAGAUAUAAGUUCUUCUAGUCAUCUGUCGUCUCCUGAUCACUAGCAACUGUUCCCUAACAACUGCUUGAUUCUGUCACAGAACGGUGGUUACGGAGGAGGGCUCCGGUCCUGACUUAACACAAACUAUGUUGACUUAGUAGUGGUCAGUACAGGACCGCUCCUCUCUGUGAUUUAUAUUGUGGGUGUCUAGGCGUUGAGACAGACAAAAGCACAAAGUAGACUUGGACGAAAUGCAACAACUCAAAACUUCUGGUGUCCAACGAUAAUGAAAGUGUUUAUUGGUAAGAUAUACGUUUUUCCAGUCAUCUGUCGUCUUCUGGUCUCUAGCAAGUAUUCCCUAACAACUGCUCAGUUCUAUCGUAGCUCUUUUCUCUCUCUUCCUCAACUAAUCCGUAGUUCUUCUCUAUCUUCCUCAACUAACUACUGUCGCUCCUUUCCCUCUUCCUCAACUACGUCGUACCUCUGUUCACUCUCCCUCAACUGUGAUUCUCUACCCCCAUAGGUGGUCCAGGAAUCUAUCUAUAAACACACCCCUGCCCCCUAAUUUCCGGUCAAUUAGAACUUCCCAUUGUUAACCCAAAAACUAUCACGCGAAGUCUGGAAAACCCGAACAUACUAUUAUCCAAAGAAACAUUCCCCACUAUACCAAGAUGUGAGAGUCUAUUAACCUUAACUUAACCCCAUUAACAGCAGUUUCCUUCCAUCCUAUAAGUUUCCUUAACAACAAUGGAGCUCUGUCCUGUACCCCCGCCCCAGUCAUUUGUGACAUAUGCCCCCCCUUCAAGAAAUUUUUCAAAAUAUUGACAAAUUUCAAAAACUCCACAAAUGACCAACCUACAACUCUACACAUCACACCAUCCCAUGCGUCAUUAGGUGGUCCAGGAAUACUAUCUAUAAACACACCCAUGCCCCCUAAUUUCCGGUCAAUUAGACCUUCCCAUUGUUAACCCAAAAAUUAUCAUGCGAAGUCUGGAAAACCCGAACAUACUAUUAUCCAAAGAAACAAUCCCCACUAUACCAAGAUGUGAGAGUCUAUUAACCUUAACUUAACCCCAUUAACAGCAGUUUCCUUCCAUCCUAUAAGUUACCUCAACAACAAUGGAGCUCUGUCCUGUACCCCCGCCCCAGUCAUUUGUGACAUAUAUAUAGAUGAUAUUUCCUUCAUCUUUGGGCUAAAAUUUGAAAGAAUGUGUUGUCUUCGGCAACGAAUCUAUGUUCCAAGUUUCAGCUCAAUAUGUUGACGGGAAGUGGGUCACUUGGCCGUCCGAAGAUUUUGCCCUUAACACACGAACAAAAUAGAAGUUAUAAAAAAACGGAUUUAAAAAAAAAGAGUAGUAUCCAAUAGUUCUAGACUGUAUCAUUUUAGCCAAUGUCUCUGGCUGCACGAUUUCAAAGUUACAUAAAUAAUUGGUUCAUUAAUGUACUUUGUUUCAUUUGAUGGCUUUAUUUUCAUUUAUUAAUUUUUUUUUAAAUUCAGAAAAUAAAUCACUUAAACAGAUUGAACCAGGAGGGGGAUGAUGUCAACACGCAAGAUUUAGCCUUAAACUUAAGCAUGCAUGAUAAGACGGGAUGCAUAGUCUCCAGCCACACGAGCCACGGGGACAGAUUAUCCUUGACCACUCAGCCUCCAUCAGAUGGGUCAAACAGGCCGGACACGACGCAUAAGCUCAGUGAAGAGACUCCCCAUCCCGCCACCUGUGUCUCUGAGCCUGGGGUGAUCAUGGAGACAUCAAAGGCUUGGCCUAAACAGCUCCAGGUGAGGAGGUUUUUUUUUAGUCAUGAAAUCCUCGGUGGUAAGUUUGGGAUGUUUGAGAUUGAUAUGGAUACAGCCUCUUUGAACUGAAUGGAUUUCAAGAUGGGACAUUAAUUGGUGCCCUGAAAUCAUCUGAGAUGAGUUUGGGAUGUUCGAGAUUGAUAUGGAUAAAGCCUCUUUGAACUGAAUGGGUUUCAAGAUGGGACAUUAAUUGGUGCCCUGAAAUCAUCUGAGAUGAGUUUGGGAUGUUCGAGAUUGAUAUGGAUACAGCUUCUUUGAACAAAAUGGAUUCUAAGAUGGGACAUUAAUUGGUGCCCUGAAAUCAUCUGAGAUGAGUUUGGGAUGUUCGAGAUUGAUAUGGAUACAGCCUCUUUGAACUGAAUGGGUUUUCAAGAUGGGACAUUAAUUGGUGCCCUGAAAUCAUCUGAGAUGAGUUUGGGAUGUUCGAGAUUGAUAUGGAUACAGUUUCUUUAAAAUGAACUGGUUUCAAGAUGGGACAUAAAUUGGUGCCCUGAAAUCAUCAGAGAUGAGUUGUAUCAGCUAGUAUUACAUCUGUAAUGCAUAACCCAAAGGGAGCACCUUACUGUGAUUUGAGACAAAAUAGAACUCAUUGAAAAGCGUCAUAUGAUCUUAAGUGUGUCUCUUCCUGUGUACGCUCUUGAAAAAUAAAAGUUUUAAAGCACUAAUUAAAUUCAAUCCUAUUUUUCACAGAGGAUUUUUUUUUCUGUUCACAAUUGACAAAGAAUGGCUAAACAAUGGGAACACAUUGAAAGGACCGGACUUUAGAUAACACGAUGUCCCUCAAUCGGACUGGAAACAUAAAUCAAUUUGUGGACGGGGUGGGCAAGAGAUGCACUGAUAGAAAUCUUUUCCAAACCCCCCUUCCCACCCCUUUCUUCACACUUUUUAGUCAUAAGUGGGAAAAUAUUUUGGGAGCAAAGCAAACUACAUGACAGUGUCACAUUGUGACAGAGGCACAUGGUGACAGUAGCACAUGGUGACAGUAGUACAUGGUGACAGCGAUACAUUGUGACAGUAGCACAUUGUGACAGUAGCACAUGGUGACAACUAAACAUGGUGACCGCGGCAAAUAGUGACAGCGGCACAUUGUGACAGAGGAACAUGGUGACAGUAGCACAUGGUGACAGUAGCACAUGGUGACAGUAGCACAUUGUGACAGAGGCACAUGGUGAAAGCGGCACAUGGUGACAGCGGCACAUGGUGACAGUAGCACAUGGUGACAGCGGCACAUGAUUACAGUAGCACAUUGUGACAGUAGCACAUUGUGACAGUAGCACAUUGUGACAGGAGCACAUUGUGACAGAGGCACAUGGUGACAGUAGCACGUGGUGACAGCGGCACGUGGUGACAGCGGCACAUGAUUACAGUAGCACAUUGUGACAGUAGCACAUUGUGACAGUAGCACAUUGUGACAGGAGCACAUUGUGACAACGGUACAUGACAGUAGCACAUUGUGACAAUAACACAUUGUGACAGUAGCACAUUGUGACAGUAACACAUGGUGACAGUAGCACAUGGUGACAUUAGCACAUUGUGACAGGAGCACAUUGUGACAGUAGCACAUGGUGACAGUGGCACAGGAUGACAGUAGCACAUGGUGACAGUAGCACAUGGUGACAUUAGCACAUUGUGACAGUAGCACAUGGUGACAGUAGCACAUUGUGACAGUAACACAUUGUGACAGUAGCACAUGGUGACAGUAGCACAUUGUGACAGUAGCACAUGGUGACAUUAGCACAUUGUGACAGUAGCACAUUGUGACAGUAGCACAUUGUGACAGUAGCACAUUGUGACAGUAGCACAUUGUGACAGUAGCACAUGGUGACAGUAGCACAUUGUGACAGUAGUACAUUGUGACAGUAGCACAUGGUGACAUUAGCACAUUGUGACAGUAGCACAUGGUGACAGUAGCACAUCGUUACAGUAGCACAUCGUGACAGUAGCACAUGGUGACAGUAGCACAUUGUGACAGUAGCACAUUGUGACAGUAGCACAUUGUGACAGUAGCACAUUGUGACAGUAGCACAUGGUGACAGUAGCACAUGGUGACAGUAGCACAUUGUGACAGUAGUACAUUGUGACAGUAGCACAUGGUGACAUUAGCACAUUGUGACAGUAGCACAUGGUGACAGUAGCACAUGGUGACAGUAGCACAUUGUGACAGUAGCACAUUAGCACAUUGUGACAGUAGCACAUGGUGACAUUAGCACAUUGUGACAGGAGUAGUUUGUGACAGUAGCACAUGGUGACAGUGGCACAGGAUGACAGUAGCACAUUGUUACAGUAGCACAUUGUGACAGUAGCACAUGGGGACACACCUGAAUACGUCCAGAUGGCUUUAAUGUAAUUAUAAAUAUGACUUGACGCACAUCUAAAUUAAAGGACCGUAUUUAAACCAAACAUUUUCCCAAACAGACGAUGAGUUAUGAGGACCUCUGUGCCAUCCUGUCCUCGAAAGUGAAGAGAUCUGACAUUCCCCAACCGAUGGUGUCACCGUACCUUGCCUUGGACGCCAACCAAAGAAUCUGGGACUGGCUGCACUCUGACGAGCAACUCGAUGAAUUUGACCACUUCAUGUCCAUGUGUGGCUGAGGAGCUCAGUUCAUGUCCAAGUGUGGUUGAUGAGCUCAGGUUAUGUCCAUGUGUGGCUGAGGAGCUCAGUUCAUGUCCGAGUGUGGUUGAUGAGCUCAGUUUAUGUCAGUGUCUGGUUGAUGAGCUCAGUUUAUGUCCGUGUGUGGUUGAGGAGCUCAGUUUAUGUCCGUGUGUGGUUG